UAAGGCCUUCAUUUCUUCUUCAUUUCAUUCUCGUCUCUCUCACAUCUCUCUCUCUCUCUAUCUCUCUCGAUAAACACACAAUAAAACAUACAGGCGACUACAUAUGAGCAUUCACUAGUUCCAUAACUAUGUCGAUCGCAUUCCAAACCACUACUAAUAACCUAAUCCAACGGCCAGGAUUCGUCGAUCGGAUGCCGUUUAAACCGAUCUGCGAUCCGGCCGAUUCCAGCAGGUUUACCGGCGAUCGGGCGGUCAAGUUGCCGGCGAUUGCUGUUAAUGAGCGAGCCGAUGAGCUGGACUCGUGUAGCUCGUCUUCGAUCGGGAAGAACAGUGACGUCAGCGGCGAAUCAUCAAUUGACGGCGAGGAUGAUUCGAGAGGUGAUGAUGAGGUUCAGAGUAGCUUCAAAGGACCGUUGGAUUGUUUGGAUGCACUUGAAGAAGUAUUGCCUAUAAAGAGAGGCAUAUCAAGUUUCUAUAGUGGCAAAUCAAAAUCUUUUACAAGUCUAGCAGAUAUUUCGUCUUCUUCUGUUAAAGACAUUUCAAAGAAGGAAGAUGCCUACACUAGGAAACGGAAGAACUUGCUUGCUCAUAGUACUUAUUGGGAUAAGAGUCGGAUCUUAGAGAACACUAGCAGUGGCAUGUCGAAAAGGCUUGCUAACUCGAGCAGAAGUUCUUUAGCUUUGUCUGCAAUGAUAAGUAGCUUGGAUUGCGAUAAUAACAAUGAAUGCCUUGGUUCAAAAUCAUUAUCACAUAGUCCAUGUUUGCCACCUCUGCCUCCAAAUGGUAGACGAUCAAAAUCACCUAAUAAUGAAUCGUCAGUAUCACCUCCAACACCUGUACGGAAAUUUUCUCCCUGGAGGUCUUUCUCUCUUUCUGAUUUGCAACAUUCUGCAGCGGCUACUACAGCCUCGACUGCCUUAGUAAUUGAUAAUAGAAGUGGGGACUGACAGUGACAUACAAGGCAAGUCUCAUCAUGCUCUCAUGAAUGUAGGCAAGUCAAUUUCAUAGUUCUUUAUGAUAGAAUGUUCUUGUAAUCAAUUGUUUUACAUAAUGCUUUAUGCCUUUUUUUAAGUCUGUAACUGUUGUUUUGGCCUAGAAUGUUAUCAAAGUAUAAUGCAACAACAAUCUUCUCACUGAGCA